AUGUUUCAUCUGCCUGUGUAUUACUGUGAUUAUUGCGACAAAUUCCUUACACACGACUCGCCUUCAGUGCGUAAAACGCAUUGUACGGGACGUACCCACAAGAACAGUGUUCGUGAAUACUACCAAAAAUGGCUUGAAGAACAAGUUCAGAAGCUUGUUGAUCAUGCCUGUAAGUAUUGCGCAUACAGGCAAGGAAAGGUGCCUCCGCCCAUGUUCGGUGGCGCGAUGGGUAUACCUCCUCCCGGCAUGCCAGGUAUCCCGCCCGUGGGUGCUUUUCCCCCUCAAUUCCCCCCAAUGAUGCCGGCCCCGCCGAUGGGGAUGAGACCGCCUAUGGGCCCGCAGAAUGUCAUGCCGGGCGUCGGUGUGCCACCCGGGCCACCGAUACCUCCGUCAUGGGCUCCUCCUAGACCUGGCACCCUCCCGUCAGUGCCAGCCUCGGGAAUGAUGCCGCCCCAGCGGGGACCAAUCCAGUAA